AUGAGUUAUUUGUCUGGGAUCAUUCAACGGCCACUUGUUGCUGCUGCUGCUGUCAUCGCCGCUUCUGUCUCUGCAGAUGUCUCUGAGAGGUUCUCUUCUCUUAAAUCACUAGUUCGAGUCUCCGACUCACAGCAGGUUGCUGCUUCAGUUCAGGACGCAAGGUCCUUGUGGGUUCCUCAAAUCUCGUCCUCAAAGCUCGCUGACUUAUCUUUUGUGUCAAGGAUUCGUGUCCCUGUGCCAAACGUUGAUCUCUUAGCUCCUAAUCCUAGCUGUAACCUCGCUCCUUCCGUUACUUCUCUCUCUGCUCUCCGUAGCGUUUACCACUCUGCAGAAUUGGCCAAGGCGUCAAAACCAGCAGCGUUCACAAUCGGUGCCUCGCUUGUGGUUCCUGACGUUUCCUACAGGUGGCAUUUGCCUGAGACUAGUGCCGUCGAUUUGUCUGGCUCCUCGAGCUGUGCCUCUGAGAAGAACAGAACUGUUGUGGUUCUGCUUGGAUGGCUUGGAUCGAAGCAGAAGCAUUUAAAGAAGUAUGCGGAUUGGUAUACUUCGAGGGGUUAUCAUGUGAUUACGUUUACUCUCCCAAUGAAUGAGAUUAUGAGUUAUCAAGUUGGAGGCAAAGCUGAGAAGAACAUUGACUCGCUGGUUAAUCACUUGGCUGAUUGGUUGGAUGAAGAACAACAGAAGAAUCUCGUCUUUCACACCUUCAGCAACACCGGAUGGUUAACAUAUGGAGCCAUUCUGGAGAAGUUUCAGAAGCAAGAUUCGUCAUUGAUGGGAAGAGUUAAAGGUUGCAUAGUAGACUCAGCUCCUGUUGCUGCUGCUGAUCCUACGGUAUGGGCGUCAGGGUUCUCAGCUGCGUUCUUGAAGAAAAACAGUGUAGCCACUAAAGGAGCACAAACCAACUUCUCAGAGCCUAAACCCGCCGCAACAGAAACAGCUUUGCUUUCGGUUCUCGAAAAGUUCUUCUCGGUGAUUCUAAAUCUUCCCAAAGUAAACAGGAGACUAGCGGAUGUUCUUGACACUUUGUCAUCAGCACAACCAAGAUGUCCACAGUUGUACAUUUACAGCUCUGCAGAUAGAGUUAUACCGGCGGUACAAGUGGAAUCGUUCAUCGUGGAGCAGAGGAAAGCAGGACACGAGGUCCGUGCCUGCAACUUCAUAUCAUCGCCUCAUGUAGACCAUUUCAGGAGUAACCCGGAGCUCUAUACAGCUGAGCUCAACCAUUUCAUGGACAACUUUGUUCUUGCUUCCUGCAAGAACCAUCAUUCUUCAUAA